AUGGGUCACGAAGAGGAGCUGAAGCCGGAGCAAGUGGAUCUGAAAGUGUACCCAUUUGUGGGUUCCCUGCGCCGCACUUGGAGUGACUUCUGCGCCACCAGCAGUAUCCAUGGAUUGAGAUACACCCGUGACGAGGACACCAAUAAGAUAGUCCACCUUGUGUGGCUGCUGAUUUCGCUGGUGAUGUUCAUGUGCGCUGUUGUUAUGGCGCACACCUUCUACUUGGACUAUCGCAGCAGUCCCACCCGAAUGAAUGUGGAAAGUGACCACACGCCGGUGACGAACCUUUACUUUCCACCGGUCACGAUUUGCCCAGACGUACUCUUCAACAUGCAAAAGUCCAAGGCUUUUCUUAACACCCUACACCUCCCCCAAGCUGCUGAGCUACCAGGCAUUCUUCGAAAACUUCACAUUUUCUAUGGUUUUAUGCUGGAUGAUGAGCGGUAUUCUUCGCAGGACAUUGAAGAAAUGGAGACCUUGCUUUAUUUGAACAACCUAACAAUCCAACAAUUUGUGGAGCACCUACGAUGGGAUUGCGAUGAAAUUCUGUAUCGCUGCAGAUUUAAUGGCGAUAUUUUGGAUUGCUCUAAGAUUUUUCAGUUAUCCAAGACUUUUUUCGGGCACUGCUGUUCGUUUAAUUUGCGGCAGAAGGGUCUCAACUUCACCGCCCAGCGAGCCAUUGGAAGUCAAAAAUAUGGUUUGUCCGUGAUUGUAAGGUACAAAGACGACAGCUACGAUCCAGUGCAAUCGUAUUCCUACGGCGUAAAGCUGCUGAUCCAAGAAGUAGAUGCCUUUCCCAGCGCUCAUGCUGCUGCCAAAUUUGUAGCCUUCAACACGGAGACUUUCGCCGCCCUCAGACCCCAAGAAACCUUUUGUUCGGCUGCUGUCAAGGCCCUAACUAUUCAGGACAGAAAUUGCGUUUUUCAAAAUGAGUUCCCUCUUCGGUAUUUUUCGGAUUAUGUGUACCCCAACUGCGAGCUUAAUUGUAGGGUCACCAACAUGGUUAAGUUCUGCGGCUGUCACACUUACUUUUUCGACUUUAAUCGCACUGCGGAUAGGAUAUGUACUUUUAGAGAUAUUCCCUGUCUAGUGGAUAAUUUUGCUAAUAUAAUAACAAGGAAAAAGAGCACCCAGUGCUAUUGCCCGCUUACCUGUGAACACUUUGAUUAUGAUGUGCAGAUAUCUAAUUUUCCUCUCCAGCUCAACAUGCCAGUACCGGAUAAGUUUUACUCGGGUCUAGCCAAAAACGAUGGGGUACUGCAUGUCUUUAUCAAUUCCUUCAGCUAUCGCCGCCUACGACGUGACUUGCUUUCCAAUAUGGUUACUUUGGUUUCAAAUCUUGGCAGUGCCUUUAGUCUUUUUGUGGGCAUGAGCAUGCUCUCAGUGGUGGAGAUCAUCUACUAUUUUUCAGUAAUUCUGCGCAAGAACUACAAUAUGGAAUGUGAAGCACGCAACAAGAUGCUUCGUAAGGAGCCAAAGUUCGCACUGCCCAAAGCAAAUGACACUCACAAUGAAGACAAGAAAUCAGUUUUCAUAAUUCACAAAUCGUAAUCAGCACGAUUGCAGAAAAUAAAAAAUAUUGUCAUAAAUUAGAGCAAUAAAAUUGGCUUCAAGCUAAAUGAACUAUUCCCUUUGAAGGGGUAUUACGGUUA